AUGUCGGCUCUCCGUCCAAAUCACAGGGAAAAGGCCCUUCCCAAGAACCUGAAUGGCCUCAUUGAUCCGACAAAGACGGGAAAAUACCCCGUCAUCUUGAGCGACACUCUCCUCGGCCGCACCCAGAAGGAGGUCUUCACCUCUGUGCGAUACAAUCAUAAACCAGAACUAGCCUCCGAACCCGCGACAGCCAGGUUAAAACCCGAGACUCCUGGCAGCAAGUCCAGCUUCGACCUCUCCUUUCCCGACGGCAACAAUGGCAUGUACGGCUACGCCGGUACCCGUACCAUGGACGAUAACCAGUACGUCCUCUACUUCGACCCCAACAGGAAAGCCUUCAUCCUCGACAAGGUCGAUUCUACAUUCCACAUGAACGUUACCCGCACCCCGACCAACGACAACCCCGAGACCUUGCGCCAGCAGUUCGAGCAGCUCGACACCUCCAUAACCGCGACUCCCGAGGUUCGCAAACCUGCCGCCGCCGAACCCAAGGACAAGGACAAACCCCUCGCGAAACCAGCCUCCAAAGCCACCGGCCCCAAGCGGCCCUCGGCCAGCAGCAACAAGAAAGCCCGUCCCCCGCCGCCGCCCAAGAACAUCACCCUCGCCCUACCGACCAACGACGCGCCGCCACCGGCGCCCAAGGCCGCAUCACCGCCCAAGAAGAAGGCCAAGGCGCCCGCGGGCUCGGAUGAGGAGGACGACGACGACGAUGACGACGACUUUGGCUUGACGAUAGAGUACCCCGACGAGCAGAAGAACAAACGGGCCGACUUCUCACCUGCUUUCGCGCCCAACAUCCAGGUUCGCAGCUUCUCCGACUUUUUGCGCGACUCCGAGGCCGACGACGCCGACGGCGAGUCGGAUCUGGAAGAGCGCGAUUUCGCAAACUUUAACCUGCCGAGCCCGAUGAACGGCCAGCAGCGGCAACAGCAGCACCACAAUCACCACGACCAGGAUGAGGAUGCCGAGGGUGAGGUGGAGCAGAUGGACGUUGACUCGGAGCCCGACUUUGAGGACGCGUUGGAAGACGAUUUGGAGGCCGAGCUGGAGAAGGAGCUCGAGGCCGCGAAUAGUGGCGAUGCUGAGGAGAGUGAGGUCAGCGAGGAAGAUUAA